AUGGCCGUCUGGGCCGCCGCCAGCCUGGGCAGGGUGUCUGUCCGCUGCUUGCGAGAGCGAGGCCCCAGCGGCCUGGCGGUUUCUCCGCGCGGUCCCGCGAUCUCCCUGCCCAAGCCCCCGGGCGUUUGCCCCUCUCCCGGCAGGACGCUGCACCUCACAGCAGCGGUCCUCGCCGGGCACAACAAGUGGUCCAAAGUCCGGCAUAUCAAGGGUCCCAAGGAUACCGAAAGGAGUCGCAUUUUCUGCAAGCUGUCGCUGAGCAUCCGCUUGGCGGUUAAAGAGGGAGGUCCCAACCCCGAGCUCAACAGCAACCUGGCCAGCAUCUUAGAGGUGUGUCGCAGCAAGCACAUGCCCAAGUCAACGAUUGAGGCAGCGCUGAAAAUGGAGAAAGCCAAGGACAUUUAUUUGCUGUAUGAGGGUCGAGGCCCUGGUGGCUCUUCUCUGCUCAUUGAAGCAUUAUCUAACAGCGGCUCCAAGUGCCGCUCGGACAUCAAACAUAUUCUGAACAAGAAUGGAGGAAUGAUCGCUGAAGGCGCUCGUCACUCCUUUGACAAAAAGGGGGUGGUUGUGGUUGGCAUGGAGGACAGGGCGAAGAAGGCUGUGACCCUGGAGCGUGCCCUGGAGCUGGCAAUUGAAGCAGGAGCGGAGGAUGUGAUGGAGACUGAAGACGAAGAGGAAAAGAACAUUUUUAAAUUUAUCUGUGAUACCUCUUCACUGCAUCAAGUGAGGAAGACGCUGGACGCUCUGGGCUUGUGCUCUGUGUCCUGUACACUUGAGUUCAUCCCCAACACCAAGGUGCAGCUGGCUGACCCCGACCUGGAGCAGGCCGCCCAUCUCAUCCAGGCUCUCAGCAGGCACGAGGACGUGAUCCAGGUCUACGACAACAUUGAGUAA